UCUGGUGUGUUUUGACACGUAUACCUAAUCACCAACACCCAAUUGCUUUCACACACUUCUCUUCUUGCCCUCCAAAAGGACUUUUGCUUCUUCAUAGCAGUCUGCAUCUACAUACCCUUCUCGUCCAAGUUCAUGAAUCUUUGACUUCAAUUUUCAAUCAAUCUCCCAUUUUCUUGGAUACCCACCAACUCUUUCUUCAUUCUCUCUUCUGGGUAUCUCCUAUUUCAUUGAAUUGUUGGCUUAAAAGCCCUGCUUCUUGGCUUUCUUUGAUCUGGGUUUUAUUCUUCUAGUGCUUAGGUGACUUUUCUUUGUGAUUUUGGGGAUGGUGGGAGGUUUAUCUGUAGUGGGUUCAUCAGUUGUGGAUUCUCAUACUAGUCCAUGUUUGUGUUUGGAUGCUUUGCCUACAUCUAUUCUGAAUCACAAGACUAGUGGAGAAUUGGUUUUGCAGAGGAAUUCAAUUGGUAGAAAGCAUUUGCCGCCGCAGCGAUCAGCCAGUUCAUUUUACUUAACCAGCUCCUUCAUUGAUUCAGGCCAUGAUUGGAGGCUGUUGGUUAAAUCCAAGAGUUCAAAGAAGCAGCACCGCAAGGCUCGGAGUCUUGUCAUCGUCAGCGAAUUUGCUGGGCAAUAUGAAGAAAAUUUUGAUGACGUUAAAACACAAAUACUUAAUUAUUUUACGUACAAAGCUGUGAGGACUGUUCUAAACCAGCUUUACGAGAUGAACCCGCCGAAGUAUAGGUGGUUUUAUGAUUUCGUUGCGUCAAACAAGCCUGGUGAUGGGAAGCGUUUUAUUCGCAUCCUUGGGAAGGAGAAGCAAGAUCUUGCUGAAAGAGUGAUGGUAACGAGACUACACCUCUACGGCAAAUGGGUUAAGAAAUGUGAUCAUGCUGAAAUAUAUAAGGAGAUCUCUGAUCAGAACUUGGAGUUGAUGCGUGAACGACUCAUGGAGACUGUUAUAUGGCCCUCAGACGACACAAACACGCAGCUCAUGGGUUGAAACUUGGUCUUGGAUUUCGUUUUUCUUUUCUUCCUCGAAAGCUUUGACUAGUUUAGUCUUUAAAAUCCUCAUUAAUGUUAUUUUCCACCAAGUAAUAAGAGUUUUCAUAUAUUUUAUAUGGAAGUUAUGUAUAUAAGUAUCUCAUCCAUCAAGUUUAGAUAUUUUAGAUUCAAAUAUAUUGUUUCUCUUAUUUGGAAGACAAUGAACAUUUUAGUACACGUUGCCUCAA